GAAUAUUAAUUGGGGUACCAUAUGUGUUACAAAAGGAUUCCUCUGUAGAGCACUGCAUUUGGCUUACACACACAGCAUUGUAUGAUCAGGACAGCCACUGAUGUAGCGUAUGCCUGAAGAUGGGAAUCUAUUUGAGGAAGAGCACAGUAGUAAAAAGAGGGGAAGCAGGAGGAAUUUGUGCUCAUAAUAUGGGCAGCAGCACCAUGAGAAACACCAUGUGAUUCCCACUCCUCCAAAAGCAAAAUGUUCUUUGCCUCCAUAUAUGCUCCUCGUUGGCUGGUUCUGUGAAUUUUUCUUGGACCCUAGUUAGGUGUGAUUCGUCCUGUGUUCAACUUUGUCAGAAAGAUUAUAUUCUUUGCUUUGGCAUCCAUAUAUGCUUGUCUCUGGCUGGUUCUGCGAAAUUUCGCAAAGAUGGGUAUCCUUGGUCCUGUGCACCUUCAAGUAGUCCUAGCAUUAGCGGCAAGCAUCACUUGCUAACUUCUGCUUCCACAACACAACGAGCUUAGCUAAGAAGAAGAAGAGUCCGAGAGGCAAUGGCAGACCUCGUGCUUGGGUUGGCCAAGUCUGCGGUGGAGGGCACUCUAACCUUGGCCAACACAGCAAUUGAGAAGGAAAAGCUGCUACAAAAGAGUGUCAAGUGUGACCUGAUGCUUAUCUCAGACGAGUUCGAGAUGAUGCACUCCUUCCUCACUGCUGCCAGAGAGCACAUAAAAAAUGAUAUGGCAAGGACUUUGGUGAGGCAGGUUCGCAACAUGGCCUUAGAUGUGGAGGACUGCAUUGAGUCGGCCGUCCACUUGGACAAGAAGUCAAGCUGGUGGCGUCGCUUGCUCCCAUCCUGCAUGCCGCCAGCAGCACAAGCAGCAGCCUUGGAUGAUGCUGUCCAUGAUAUAGAGCUGCUCAAGGCCAGGGUUGAGGCUAUGGGUGAGAGGAACAGGCGCUACAGCCACAUCGGUGACUCCAGCUCAAAGCCCUCCGGGCAGAUGCAUCAGGAAGCUGUGACCAAUGCAACAGCACUGGAUGUCCUCGUCGUGGCGAGGGAUUCCAUGGAUGAGAGUGAUCGGUUAGAUCUUCUCAAGUCAAUCAGCAAGAAUUUUGAUGAGCUUCAGCUUCAAGUGAUGUCCGUGUGGGGAUCAGCAAGUAAUGUCGGGAUGGCAUCCCUCAUCAAGGAGGCCUACGAUAAGCCAGAAAUCAGCAAAAACUUCACACGACGUGCCUGGGUCAAACUGAUUCAUCCCUUCAAUUCCCAUGAGUUCAUCCGAAGCUUGCUGAUUCAAUUCUAUACAAACUGUUGUCCACAACAAGGAGGCACUGUAGGUGUCCUGAAGCCUAUGGAGGUGAUUGAGGCGAGAAAAAAUGGACUAAUCAAGGAAUUCAUGGAGCAAUUGAACAAUCAGAGGUACCUAGUUGUUCUCGAAGACAUGUCUACAAUGGAUGACUGGGACACCAUCAGGGCGUAUCUACCUGACAACAGAAAAGGAAGUUGCAUUAUUGUGCUCACACAGCAGCUUGAGAUUGCAAGUUUCUGCAUUGGACAUUCAUCCUGUGUAUCAGAGCUGAAGCGGUUCUCAGAUGAUCAUUCUGUUUGUGUGUUUCUCAAGGAGGAUCGUGGUCAAGAUGUGCUGACAACCAAAGAGAAAGCUGCACGCAUUUGGUUAGACAAAUUUCAACGUGUACGUGUUGGCCGUGAGAUCGAUUUAAGUGAACUUCAUGUGGCAGUUCAUGCUGCCAAUAGAGAGGUGAUCUUUGUGUGGGGGAUUGCUGGUGUUGGUAAAUCUUCUAUUGUCAGACAUGUAUACUUCUCAGAAGUGCUUGAACACAAAUGCAGUAAUUUUGAAAGGUUUGGCUGGGUGAAUGUAUCCCAUCCAAUAAACUUAAGGGAAUUAACGCGGAGCUUGCUUUUGGAUUUACAUUCUGAGUCUCUACAACACUGCAGCAUGUUGAGAAUCAAAGAUCCGAUUCAAGAGUGCCGUGAUCUUCUACAUGAACAUAGGUGCCUCAUUGUUAUUGAUGACAUCCAAUCUGUGGAAGAAUGGGACUUGAUAAAAGCUGCCUUGGCACUUAGGGCCACUGAAAGCUCUCUUAAGAGCCGUAUCAUUGUCAUUACAAAUGAAGAAAGUGUUGCCACAUCUUGUGCAACAAUGAAUUGGAAUGUCAGAGGCCUGGAAUUUGAUGAAAUCCUUGAUCUCUUUAAAAAGAAGGUAUCUGAGAAGACUGGUUCCUCUGACGUGAGCAUGGAAGUGAUUGAGCAAGCAAAACUUAUCUUACAUAAGUGUGGUGGAUUUCCCAGAGUGAUAGUUUCUAUAGCUGAAUUCGUGUCCACCCAACUAAAAGAAAACAGACUGAACUUAGAAGGCUGGCGGAUGCUGAAUCAUAACUUUAUGCUUGAGUUGGAGACCAACCGGGCAUUUGGUAGUUUGCAGGGUCUAUUUUCCUGGGUGCAUUCCUACUUCCUUACCUGCCCAGAUUACCUAAAGCCAUGUAUCUUCUAUCUAUCAAUAUUCCCUAUAAACCACAACAUCCAGCGGAUGCGUUUGGUGAGGCGCUGGAUCGCAGAGGGCUACUGCAGGGACAACAAACAAAGUACUGCACUGGAGUCUGCAGAGGAAUUCUUUACCAAGCUUGUCAAAUUGUGUAUGAUCCGGAUGCUAGGAUCAGCAAUUUUGAUCUCCUCCUUCGGCAUGCCCCUCUGCCAAGCCAAUGGUUUCUUCCAUGAAUACAUCAUCUCACGUUCAAUGGAAGAGAACCUUGUAUUUACUCUGGAGGGGAGUUGCAGCAUGAAUUCACAACGCACAGGACGGCACCUUGCCAUAGGGAGCACCUGGGACAGAGACAUAAAUGUGUUUAAAAGCAUUGAUUUCUCACGUCUACGGUCUUUGACAGUCUUUGGGGAAUGGAGGUCAUUCUUCAUCUCUGACAAGAUGAGGCUUCUAAGGGUGCUAGAUCUGGAGGAUGCAUCAGGUGUUAUGGAGACAGACAUUGAUCAGAUGGUCAAGUUGCUGCCCCGCCUCAAGUUUCUCUCACUGAAAGGAUGCAGCCAUAUUUCUUGCUUGCCGGAUUCCCUGGGUGACCUGCAACAGCUCCAGACUCUGGAUAUCAGGGACACAUUCAUAAUCAUGCUACCAAAGAGCAUUAUAAAGUUACAAAAGCUGCAGUUUAUUCGUGCUGGUGCCACCAUACAAUUGGAUGACGACACCGGAAUGAAUAAUAUUCUACCGCAAUCAGCAGGAAGCACAUCAUUAACAAUGCCAUCAACAAGAAGACCACACGAUACUCCGGUGUCCUGGUUUACAGGCUCCCGCAAUUGCUGUGUCAAGGUGCCUGGAGGGAUUGGGAGACUGACGGCCUUAAACUCUCUGGGUGUCAUCGACGUCAGUGUUGAAAGGGGGGAGGGUAUUAUGAAAGAACUCAGGAACCUUACCCUAUUGCGGGAUCUUGGAGUGUCUGGCAUUAACCGGAACAACAGCCAUAAGUUUUUUGGUGCCAUCUCAGGUCACAGGCAUUUGGAGUUCCUGUCAGUGAAGUUUGACAAUGACAAUCUUGGUUGCAUGGAUGGCAUUGCCAAACCUCCGGUGAACCUACGUUGCCUUAAGUUUUAUGGGCUUGUAGGAAAGCUGCCGGUAUGGAUGAUGCAUCUUCAAAGUCUCGCAAGAGUGAAUUUACAUAUGACAAUGUUACCUCAAGAGGAAUUGGAUGCUAUUGAGAAUAUACCGAACCUAAGAAUUCUCUGCCUGUUCCUCAAGGAGUUUCAAGAUGGUAAGCUCCAGUUUGGCAGACAUUUCUGUCAACUCCAUGCCCUUGAAAUUGCCUGCAACUCCAGGCUACAGUCUGUGACAUUUGACUCCGGCGCGAUGCAAAAUCUUGAGGUGCUGAAUAUUCGCUGCUCUAGUGUGUCCUCCACGGUGUUUUCUCACUUUUCUGGGCUAGAGCAGUUGCGUGAGCUCAAGGAAGUCUGGCUUUGGGGAUCCUAUGAUGUCGCACUGAAACAACACCUUCAGCACCAGCUUGACCGGCAUCCCAAGCAAAUCAAACCUGUUUUGAGGGAGGAACCACGUUUGUCUUGAUGGGUUACGGAGCUCGUGAUUGUCAUCGGAGGGCUCAUCACCUCUUUAUCUCCUCGUGAUUGUCAUCGUUUCAGGCACAUUUGCAGGCCAACACAACAUGUGCUGUUACCUUCCUUUUUAUCUACUGUUGCCCUUUCCAGUCUUUUCUCAAUUGGGCUAGCUGCACUGGAUCGACCUGGUUCUGCGUGUGAUGACUGAUGACUGGUUGCUGAUCAUCCUGGUGGUUGCGUUGAGGUAACAGGAGAGAUCAGGGAAACGGAGGACUUACACCGAUCGGCAUCAGUGUUGCAAGGGGAAUGCUAUUCUGACAAGAGUUCAAGAAUCUUGCAUUGUGGAAUCCUUGUCGUCAGUGUGGCUCGACAAGGACAAUCAAGAUGGCGGCUUGGAAGGCAUCUCUGCACCUCCAGAAAAUCCAAAGGAGCCUGAAGUCGUAUUGGCUGAUAGGCAAGUUUGCAGUACAGACAGACAGUAUAUGUACUGCCCUGUCCAUUAGUACUUCUGACAAAAACCUAACUAGGAUUACAAAUGCAUACUCUGAUACUCUGUCUGUACAUAUCUGUCUUUUAAUACAUUUGUAUUAUAUACACACUGAGUACAUAUCUUUCUUUUAAA